AAAUACUAAUUAAACUUUCCGCCGUGUUUUGAUUGUAACCAGCCAUUAAAACUCAAAUCUCCACAAAAUGGCAGAGACAAAGAUUAUAUAUCAUAUAGAGAAUGAAUCAACUCCAUAUCUUAUAAAGAUACCCAUACGGAGCGAAGUUAUUACUCUCGGCGAUUUGAAGAAUGCUCUAAAUAGACCCAAUUAUAGGUUCUUCUUUAAGGUGCCUGACGAUGACUUUGGAUUUGUUAAAGAAGAGAUUGGAGAUGAUGGUCAAGGUUUACCUUCAAUAAACGGUCGGGUUGUUACAUGGGUAGGUGCUUUGAAUAAAACUGCCGACUUUUUUACCGUUCUCAAUUAAAUAUUUU